AUGGGGUCGCUGAAUGAGGCCAGUAAAGACGUCUUGUCAGUGGCCAAUCACCCUCCAAUACGCAUACCGGGCCCGAAUCUGCUUCAUCUGCUUGUUGAGAGAAGCUCGCAAGAUGGGAACCCGGCUAUUGACUUUCUGACCCAAGAUGGCGACCGCAUUUCGCUGUCGUAUCCCGAGUUCCAUCAUGCUGCCGACACACUGGCAGCCAGGAUCUCGGCCCUGGCCGGUGCCACCGCAGACGAGGCGAGGCCUUUUGUCGUCCCGGUCCUUCUCCCGCAAAGUCCGGAGCUCUAUAUUGCGCUCCUGGCAAUCCUCAAAGCGGGCGGCGCCUUCUGCCCCAUUAAUCUAGAUGUCCCUCUUGAGCGGGCCAAAUUCAUAUCGGAGGAUGUUUCAGCAACUGUUGCCAUCACGACUUCCAGUCUAGCAUCAAGACUGCCCCGAGAUGGGCUGUCUCUUUUGAUCGUCGAUGAAGAGCCCUCCAUUAAUAACUCACCGGUGCAUGCGCGGCACAGACAAGCGCGCCCACAAGACCUGGCAUACGUGAUGUACACGUCAGGCUCGACCGGAACUCCCAAGGGCGUGGGCGUCUCUCACGAUGCGGCUACCCAGAGUCUCCUGGCUCACGACCGUCAUAUUCCGCGGUUUUCGAGGUUCCUUCAGUUUGCCGCGCCGACCUUUGACGUGUCUGUUUUCGAGAUUUUUUUCCCGCUCUUCAGGGGCAAGACCGUUGUGAGCUGCCAUCGCCCUAGGAUGCUGAACGACCUGCCCGCUGUCAUCAACGACAUGGAGGUUGACGCAUGCGAGCUGACGCCGACGGUUGCGGGCAGCUUGCUUCGCAGGCGGGAAAAUGUCCCAGGCCUUCGCCUACUCCUGACCAUCGGGGAGAUGCUCACCACACCAGUGGUGGACAAAUUUGGCGGCAAUAGCGAGCGGCCGAGCAUGCUCUGGGGCAUGUACGGACCGACCGAGGCAGCAAUACACUGCACUCUGCAACCUUCCUUUUCCUGUGACUCGACCGUACACACCAUAGGUUCUCCCCUGGACACAGUUUCGGCAUUCAUCUUGAGCGUUCCGGACGAUGGCGAUGCAGGCCAAACGUUCACUAUCCUCCCUCGCGGGCAAAUCGGGGAGCUGGCCGUGGGCGGGCAUCAACUCGCCGAAGGCUACCUGAACCGGCCAGAACAGACGGCUGCGGCAUUCAUAGACACAGCAUACGGCCGUCUGUACAGGACAGGAGACAAGGCAGUCAUGAGACCAGAUGGCACGCUGGAGUGUCUUGGCCGAAUAGCUGAUGGGCAAGUAAAACUCAGGGGCCAGCGGAUUGAGCUCGGCGAGGUUGAACAGGCGGCGUUAAGGACCUCAGGGUGUCACGGCGCAGUUGCUGCUGUCACUGACGCAACACUCGUCCUCUUUUGUGCCGUGGACGCCCCCGGUGAUCCAACGUCCAAAAUCAGGGUGUCUUGCAAAAAGUGGCUCCCGGGCUUUAUGCUACCUGGCGACAUCGUUGUAGUAGAAAGCUUUCCUCGUCUCGCGUCCGGAAAGAUUGACCGGAAGCGGCUUGUCACGGAUUAUAAAGAGUCUCGAAACACAGAAAUGUCACGAGACGUUCAUCAGGGAGAUGCUGUCGAGAAGCAGCUCUGCGACCUUGUGGGAGAGGUUCUCGGUUCCCAAAUACAACCUGACCAAGACCUCUCCCGGGCUGGCCUCGACUCGCUCAGCGCGAUUAGGGUCGCAUCUACCCUCAGACAAGCUUCUUUUGAUAUCGGUGCGAUUGAGGUGCUGGAGGCUAGGACGAUUACUGCCCUGCGAGCACGCCUGAGCCAGGCUACCGGAUUAUCACCGCGAGACUCAUGGAUAGAUGCCGAUUCGCGUGAUCUCGACCUGGCCACGAUUGCUAAGAGCAAUCCGGCGCUUUCAAGUCGGAUGGCUCUGAUCGAAGCCAUUAUCCCAUGCACAGCGCUGCAAACCUCGAUGCUGGCCGAGACGGUGGCAGAUGCCCGGGCGUACUGCAACUGGGUCGAGCUACGGUUCUCGCCAACCGUUCUAGUGUCAAGCAUCCGUUCUUGGUUUCUGCAACUCGCCCAAAUGAAUGAGAUUCUGCGAACUGGAUUUGUGCAUCGCAAUGGCCGGUUUUUGCAGGUCAUCUUCAGGGACGCCAACGAAUUAACGAUAUUAAUCUCCGAAUGUCCAGACAAGGACUUCCAGAUAACGACAGAGGACGAGUUCUUGUCUCCCUGUCGGGUUACAAUCUCUCCUGGGGCGGAACAAGAUGAAACGACCGUCAUUUUAUAUCUGCAUCAUGCCAUCUACGACGGCUGGUCACUUGACCUGCUCCUGUCUGACCUUGCCUUGCUUACCCAGGGGUCUGAACUUCAUCUCAGGCCGCAAUUUCGAGAAGUAUCGCCCUACUACGAAUCCAAGGCCUUCAGAGACAGCUGUGAUGCGGCAAGAGAGUUUUGGACGGAAAAGCUUUUGGGUUUUCAGCCUGCUCCGUUCCCAACGCUCCAUCAGAAAACUCCAAGUACAUCUGAAGUUCUCUCGUCGUCCAUUUCGCUCAAUAUCAGUCCUCGGGAUGUGAAAUCAGCCAUGCAACGCAUCUCCUGCAGUCCACAGGCCUUAUUUCAAGCGGUCGUCGCAUGGCUAUGGAGCGCUAUUGUCGGGAACCCGGACGUCGUGGUCGGCUCAGUCACAUCUGGGAGGACAAUACCUGUUUCUAGAGUUGAAGAGAUUCUAGGGCCAUGUAUCGCCUCAUUACCAAUACGAACGAGCUUCACCCAUGUGCGGACGAUUAAAGAUCUUCUGGUCAGCAUACACGCGGGGAAUAGGGAAGCCCUUCUACACGGUACGCUACCACUGUGGGAAAUCAAACGAGCUGCGGGAAUCAGUUCGGGACAGACCUUGUAUGAUGUGCUCUUCAUCUAUCAGGAGGCUCUACAGAAUGGGCAAGCCACGGAUGUCUUCAGGGAGGUUGCUCACCAGGACUACCUUGAGACGAGGCUUCUAGUUGAGGUGGAACCCAGGGAGAGCGACUUCAACUGUCGAUUCACUUACCAUAGCAAUUCGAUUCCCAGCCCCCAGAUCGAUGUGCUGAAGGAGUCAGUCCGGGCGCUGCUGUUUCACAUACUCGACAAUCUGGAUUCAGACAUAGCGUCUAUGUUGAGCCCCUUACCGUCACAUCUCCUCUCCAUUGCCAAUCCCAACCCUACAUCGUGCUCCGGGAUGCCGGACCUUGCGCACGCCGUCGAGCGAAUUGCUGCGAAGUACCCUGAGAAGGAUGCUCUCUGCUUCGCGGAUUGUAUCUCUGAGGGCAUGAUCAAAACCACUACGAUUUCAUUCGCGGAACUCAAUUCGGCGGCCAACAGGAUUGCGUGGCACCUUAGAGACCAAGGCCUGGACGGAGGGAGAGUGGUCGCCAUCAUCAUGGAGAAAUCGAUUGAUCUGUACGCCGGAAUUCUUGCGAUCCAAAAGGCGGGAUGUGCAUAUCUGCCCCUCCUGCCCAGCACGCCCUUUGCCCGAAUCGAGGUCAUACUACAGCAAGCAAAGGUGGAGUUUUGCCUCACAGACACCGACACUCACGAGCUCCUCGAGUGGUUGCAGUGUAAGCUGGUCGAUGUUCAGAAACUGCCCACGCAAUUGGGCCCUAUGCGGAACUUGGAGUGUACCCCUGAUCCUCAUCGGCUGGCCUACAUAAUCUAUACCUCCGGCAGCACGGGAACGCCGAAAGGCGUAUGCGUCACGCAGCUUAACAUUAUGAGCAACCUCGAUGUUCUGUCAAAUAUUUACCCGGUGAGCGAUAACUCGAGGUUGCUGCAGUCAUGCUCCCAGGCAUUCGACGUCUCGGUGUUUGAGAUCUUCUUUGCCUGGACCCAGGGGAUCUGUCUUUGCUCAGCCACGAACGACACUCUUUUCGAGAAUCUGGAGAGGUCGAUCCGUAAAUUAGAAGUCACCCAUCUCAGCAUGACGCCGACGGUUGCAUCCCUGAUUGACCCAGCAAAUGUCCCACUGGUCGAGUUCCUGGUCACCGCCGGCGAGGCAAUGACUGAGCCAGUUGCCCGGAAGUGGGGAAAGAAGCUCUACCAGGGUUAUGGACCAUCGGAGACUACAAACAUCUGCAGCGUCAAGCAGAUGGGUUCUGAUGAUGUGAUCCAGCACCUCGGAUUGGCGUUCAAAAACACCUCGACGUUUGUCCUGGCCCAGGGGAGCAUGGACCCCGUCCCGCUUGGUUGUCUAGGUGAGCUGUGUUUUGGUGGAGCCCAAGUUGCUCAGGGGUAUUUGGACAUGCCAGACUUGACCGCGGUCAAGUUCAUCAACCAUCCGGAGUUUGGGCGACUCUACAGGUCUGGUGAUCUCGGACGAAUGCAUCCAGAUGGAUCGCUGUUCAUUGUUGGUCGGACAGAUGAUCAAGUCAAGAUUCGGGGUCAACGGGUAGAGCUUCAGGAGAUUACUGAGACCUUGAGACGGUCAGCAUUCGGGGCUGAUGUUACGACCUUGUUUCUGCGUGGAGAAGAGACCGGUUCUCAGGACAAGAUCGUCUCAUUUUGGGUGCCGAUGCAGCACCACGCUGUCGAUUUUGAGGUUCUCGAUGUGGACGAUGAGCUUGCGGAGAGCAUUCAAUCACUCUAUCGUGCCCUAGCUGGGCAGCUUCCUGCGUACAUGGUGCCUUCCGCCAUCAUUCCAAUCACAAGUCUGCCAACAACUGCCUCUGGGAAGCUGGAUAGAAGCCGGCUGAAAGUCGCCUCCCGCGGUCUUGUGAAGGACUAUGUCGCACUAGUUAGCCACCGGGCUGAUUUGGAUACGGAUGAUGGAGAUUGGUCUGACGCGGAGGUACGGGUUGCGGAAGCUGUAUCCGGUGCGUUGAACGUUAGAAGGGGCGACAUCAAGAGAUGGACGCCUCUUACAACGCUGGGACUUGAUUCCAUUUCCGUCAUCCAAGUGUCAAGGCACUUACAGGAAAGCCUCGGCAAGCGGUUUCCAAUAUCCCUCAUUCUGCAGAACGCGAGCGUCGCAAGGCUUGCACAGGCUCUGCCUGCUGACGACGUACGGGAUCCGCGGUUAGAAGAGGCAGAUCUUGUUCCAAAAUCACUGGCCGAAAAGGCGGCCGAGAAGCUGGACCGUCCGGGGCUGCUCAUCGACGAAAUCCUCCCAUGCACCCCACUCCAGGAAGCCAUGCUCGCGAUGUCGACAAGCAAAGGGCAGUAUUUCAACCACAUGCUUUUCAGGGUCACUGGGGACCUGGGGAGACUAAAGGCUUCUUGGGACGCCAUGUGCUCGCGGCACGGCAUUCUUCGCACGUGCUUUGUGCCCAUGGACGAUGCUCAAUAUCCCAUCCUCCAGGUUGUGCUGUCCCGUUGGCGGCCGCCAUGGCACUCCUUUGAUGCGUCGCUAUCCACCGUCGAAAACUGCAUUUCACGCCAUGCCAAAGGAGUGUCGAGUCCAUUGGAAACGAUGGAGCCGGCGGUAUCGUUUGCUACGAUUGCGCGAGGAGACUGCGUUUAUCUGUCUUUUGUGUGCCAUCAUGCCCUGUAUGACGGGGUAGCCAUUGAGAGGCUUCUGUAUGAAAUCGAGCAACAUUUCGCUGGCGCUUCCCUCCCUCCACCGUUGGAGUACGGCAGGUUUCUUCGAGAAGCCCUGGUGUUGCCGGCUUCGACAGACAAGUUCUGGCUGGGACAUCUCGCGCGCUACGAACCGAAACUGACAUCUGAUCUGAGGUCAGGUAACCCCAGCGUUGGUUCCCCUGUUGGAGCUUACGAUCUGGACGUGUCAUUGUCCCAGAUAAGGACCAAGGUCAGAGAGUUUGGCGUGUCACUCUUGGCACUUACUCAGUCAGCUUGGGCAAUCGCUCUCGGAUGCCUCUUCCGGACGGGCGACGUCUGCUUCGGGAAUGUUGUCAAUGGCCGUUCUCUGCCCCUUGAGGGUAUUGAGGAGCUUGUAGCUCCCUGUUUCAAUACGGUUCCUGUUCGGUUCAACAUUUCAAGCUGUCAACGGAAUGUUGAUCUGAUGAAGGCCUUUCAGAGCAUCAAUGUGGAGGUCAUGCAAUACCAGUUCACUCCGCUCAAGCGAAUCCAGUCGUUGGUUUCGAAGCACGGCGCACGGCGUUUGUUCGACACGCUUUUGUUGCUGCAGCAGCCUUCUCGGUCGCUGGACCAGUCGUUGUGGACGCUUGAGCGUGACGAUGGCGAGAUGGAUGUUCCUCUUGUUUGCGAACUUAUACCCAUAGAUUCCAUAGACCGACUUGUUGUCAAGAUGCAUACUGCCAAAAGCUCGCAACUGCCGGACGAUAUUGUCAGAUUGGCUUUCGAUUUGUUAUCCUGCGCCAUGCGGCGCUGCCUCGAGUUUCCUGCAUCACGUCUUUUGCUCGAGGAUGUUCCUGAAGGAUUGGCCGAAAGGCUGGCGCAUAUCGAGGUGCGGCCUCCUCAGUCCUCCUUGACUACACACCUGUCACGUCACCCAGAGGAGGAGUGGACCGAAGUCGAAAGCUCAAUUCGUGUUGUUCUUGCGAAGCUCUCGUCAUCCAGCGCAGAGCGUAUCCGGCGGCACACAACAAUAUACCAUCUCGGAUUGGAUAGCAUCAGCGCCGUGCGCAUUGCGGCGAUGCUCCGCAACCUUGGCUACCACGUGGCUGCGAGCGAUGUCAUUGAUAACCCGACUUGUCAGAGCCUUGGUCAACUGAUCGCUGCCAGGGCUCCUGGUUUGGAGGAUGAGUCGGCAUUCAACCUUGCCGGCUUCCAGUCUCAGGUGCUGCCCCAAGUCAUCGCUCAGGGGGUUCCAGCUGAUGACAUUGAGGUGAUCUUGCCCUGCACGCCGUUUCAAUCCGCCAUGAUGGCUCAGUUUGUGAAGUCCGGUGGGAUCGACUACUUCAACUACAUGUGUUUUGAGUUGGACAACGACGUGGAUACCUCCAACCUGAUCAGGGCUUGGGAGUCACUCUCACUCACUCAACCUAUCCUGCGCACUGCGGUCAUACCGAUCGAACAUGACGAGAUUGCAUUUGCCAUGAUUCAACAUCGUCUGCCGGAACUCACAGCUGUUGAGCUCACUGACGAAAUAGACCCGGAAUUGUGGCGGCUUCGAGUUGCUCGUUCUGCGGUCAGCGAGCCGUGGAAGGGGCUUUGGAAGGUUGCCAUUGUCGGAAGCAAGAUGCACCUGACCAUUCACCACGCACUAUACGAUGCUCACUCGCUUCAGCUUCUCUUGAAAGACCUAGCGAAAGCACUCGCGGAGAACAUGACGUCUCCCCCAUCCCGGACCGAGGAUGUAGUCGUCGACAUACUUGGCCAAGUCUCUGCAAAGAUGGAGAGUUCCGCACAGUUCUGGAAACAGCAGGCUCAAGACUUCGUCAUAAACAGCUUCCCAGUAAUGACGCCACUCCGCCAAGCUACCCGCGACGUCUUAUCUGAAGUUUUCACGAGCAGCCUUCCUUUGACCACCCUAGAGGAGGCGGCAGCGAGAGCUGGGUACCCGCUGCAGGUGAUUCUCCAGGCUGCCUGGACCCGAGUUCUCUCGGGUUACCUCGGGGAAUCUAAGAUGAUCUUCGGCGUGGUCUUGUCCGGCCGGAGCACGGAGACAACUCGCAACGCUGUGUUUCCCUGCGUGACGACUCUGCCCGUCAUAUCAAGCAACAGCGAUUCGAACUGUACCCUUCUGACUCAGAUGCUCAAGUACAAUACGGAGCUUUUUGGGCAGCAACACCAGUCUCUUACUCACAUACAGAAAUGGCUUGGAUGUCCGGAUGUUAGGCUGUUUGACACGCUGCUAGUCUAUCAGAAACUUGACAUCGCGCCGGCAGAAAGAAGCCCCUGGCGCAUCAUUGAAGAGAAGGCCAACAUCGAAUACCCCGUGUCGAUUGAGAUAGAACCCACUCAAGGGGAUCGACUCCGAUAUCAGAUCACGUUCUUUAGUGACGUUCUGCCCAAGCAACAGGCCACCAUCCUGCUUAAGCAGUUUGACGCAGCUAUUCAUCACCUUGCUCUCGAACCUAACGGACGAGAACCAAACCUGUUUGCGUUACGUCCUGAUCUCUUCUCCAUCCUUCCGCCCGAGAUGCGCGAGAUCCCGACGACGGUGAAAUCCCUUCAUCACUUUGUGGAGCUGCAGGCACUCAGCACACCCAAUGCCACGGCCCUGCACUUCGUGGAAAGGUUUGACAAUGGCGUCCCAGUUGGGCGCACUUGGACGUACGCGGAACUUGACGCCAACGGCAACCGGGUAGCGCAGAUGUUACAUCCCCAUGUCAACCGUGGGGAUAUAGUCGCUGUCUACUUUGACAAAUGCCCAGCCGCCUACUUUUCGAUCCUGGGCAUUCUCAAAUCCGGCUGUGCCUUUGUUGCGUUGGAUCCUGCAGCGCCACGUUCGAGAAACGAGUUGAUCAUCAUGGAUUCCGGUGUCUCGGUCUUGCUAACCGCCCUUGACGGAAAAGGGCAGCUGUGGAAGCCCCUCACUUCUGCGGUGUCAGUGCUGACCAUAGACGAAGAUUCGCUGCUGGCUGUCCCUGCCGACCCUCAAAUCUCCAACCGAGACGUCCAGCCCGACGAUGUCUGCUACUGUCUUUAUACUUCUGGCACAACUGGGACACCAAAGGGCUGUCUCAUCACACACGACAACGCGGUACAGUGCAUGCUUGCCUUCCAGCGCAUAUUCCAAGGCCACUGGCAGGAGGAUUCGAAAUGGUUGCAGUUUGCGUCCCUCCACUUUGACGUGUCGGUCCUAGAGCAGUACUGGAGCUGGUCGGUGGGCAUCACGCUCGUUGCCGCGCCUCGGGAUUUGAUCUUGGAGGACCUUGCUGCGGCAAUAUCACGCCUGGGUAUCACCCAUAUCGACCUUACUCCAAGUUUGGCGCGGUUACUUCAUCCGGACGACGUUCCAAGCCUUUGCAAGGGGGUUUUCAUUACCGGAGGCGAGUCCCUGAAACAGGAGAUCCUUGAUGUCUGGGGUUCCAAGGCAGUCAUUUACAACUUCUACGGUCCCACCGAGGCAACCAUUGGGGUGACGGUCUAUCCGCGAGUACCAACCUCCGGCCGCGCAUCCAACAUUGGCCGGCAGUUUGUCAAUGUCGGUUCCUAUGUGCUUAAACGCGGGACAGAGCAGCCGGUGCUUAGAGGCGGCGUGGGCGAACUGUGCGUUUCUGGCCGGCUGGUCGGCAAGGGGUAUCUGAAGCGUGAGGGCCUUACGGCGGAAAAGUUCCCCACCCUGCAGCACUUCGGGGAUCGCGUGUACCGUACAGGUGAUCUGGUCAGGGUUCUCCAUGAUGGGUGCUUCGACUUCCUAGGGCGUGCGGACGACCAGGUGAAGCUUCGUGGUCAGCGCCUGGAAAUUGGAGAGAUCAACCACACGAUCCGGAAAGGGGUUGAGACGGUCACCGACGUUGCCACGCUGGUGGUGCGGGACGAAGUAAACGCAAAGGAUCUUCUCGUGUCAUUCAUUGUGGGUGCCAACACGGCGAGAACGUUGGCAGGUCCUCUCCGUAUUAUUGAGAGCCCGGAUGCUUUGGAUCUCUGCCGGCGUGCUCGCGAUGCCUGCCGUUCCAAGCUUCCGGCUUACAUGGUUCCUACAUACGUGCUCCAGAUGUCGUGUAUUCCACUAUCCGCCAACAAUAAAACUGAUAUCAAGACACUCGGGACAUUUGUUUCCUGGCUCAGUCCGGAAAAGCUGGUAUCACUCUCUUGUUCGACCGAACAGGCGCGCCGAACCCUCAGCUUGACGGAGGGUAAGAUUGCUAAGGCACUUGCUGAGAUGCAAUCUCUGGAUAUGAGUCUUAUCUUGCCAAAUUCCAGCAUCUUCGAACUGGGCAUCGACUCCAUCUCAGUUCUUCGCUUCUGUCGGGCUUUGAGAAAGGAAGGGCUUGUCCAAGCGACCCCUUCUCUGGUACUGCGGCAUCCUCUGCUUUGCGAUCUGGCCGGUGCUCUAGAGGUGCCCAAACGGUCGUCCAACUCUGAGUCCAUUGCAGCGGCAAGGCAGCUUGUGCAAGCGUGCGCUCACAAACACCGAUCGCACGUUUGUGGAGAACUGGGAGUCACACCAGACCAGAUCGAGUACAUUGCGCCAUGUUCGCCGUUGCAGCAGGGCAUGAUUUCGAGGGCUGAGAUUGACGGUGCCUACUUCAACACUUUCCGGUUCCAGCUUGCGCGUGAGGUUUCGCCGCAACUUCUCCGCCAAGCGUGGCAGAAGACGGUUGAUGCUCUGCCCAUUCUGCGAACGAAGUUUGUUCGUACGAUCGACGGUUUUGUCCAGGUUGCACUGAAGGAAUUGGUAAUGCAGUGGAGGGAAAGACAAAUCCAGGUUUGUGGGGAGUCAACUGUCGAAGAUGCCAUUGUCGAGUCACGCGAGUCGUGGAUUGCGAAGAACCAAGGUUCCUUGGUGCAGCCCUUGGAGGCGGUUCUCGUUUAUGUGGGCUGCACAGGGCAACGCCUUCUCCUGCUGCACAUAUUCCAUGGACUUUACGAUGCCAACAGUCUUUUGCUCGUUCUUGAUCGGGUGGCGCGCGAAUAUCAGUCACUGGCAGGUGGCUAUCUCGGCAAGACGCCCGCGUCCGGACCACCCUUCUUCGAUGCUCUGCUUCACGGACCGCUACAGGACUUUAGCAGCAGCAGAUCUUUCUGGGUGAAGCACUUUGACGGCGUAACCUUCAGCACAGCCAUCACCACUUCCGUCAGUACUUCAACUAUCUCAGCACAUCAAGAUGUCUCGUUAAGACGUCUCGAACCCCUGAGAAAGGGGCUCGGCGUCACCCACCAAGCCAUCAUCCAGGCGGCUUGGGUUAGCGUCCUGGCCAAGCACCUCGCUGCCAAUCCGACGAUCGGUAUCAUCUUCUCGGGGCGCACGAUCGAAUUGGAGGGCAUCGAGGAGGUAGUUGGACCUCUGUUCAACACGCUGCCCUUCCAGGCUCGACUUUCCACCGAGAACGGGACGUCCGGAACGACUUGGGCGUCCUUGAUUCGCCAAUGCCAUGACUUUAACACUGCAGUUCUUGCCUUUCCACAUGUUCCCCUUCGCGAUAUCCAGAAGUGGUGCUCAAGGGGCCAGGCGAUGUUCAAUACACUCUUCUCGUUUCAUCGAAGUGAUGCAGCCGUGGCGGUGGAACAGGAAUUGUGGACGACGGUUGACUCGGAACCAAGUGCUGAUUACCCAUUGGCCUUGGAGGCUACCUUGAGUUCUGAUGAUUGCAUGCGUCUGCUUCUGGUCGCCCAGUCUGCUGCCUACAGCCAAGACAAGCUUUCAGACUGCAUGGACGGCCUGCAAUGGGCGUUUGAUGCCAUGGCCGAGAACGCAGACCAAAUCAUCACUCCCAAUGAACAAGGACCGAUCGGAAACGGGCACGGUAAUGAUGCGCGAAAUGGGCUCGACGAUCUAGUAGACGACACUCCUCAAACGUUUGCUUGGACCGAGGAAGCGUCGCUCCUCCGAGACGAGGUGGCCAAGCUCGCCAACAUAGUCCCUGAGACGGUUACCGAGGCAACCCCUUUGUUUGGAUUGGGCCUCGACAGCAUUGAUGUCAUUAAACUCUCCGCGAGAUUGAAGCGACAUGGCAUCAGAAUCAAGACAAGCGAGUUGAUGAAGGCUCAGUCAAUCGCGGCCGCCUUGCAACUUCUCAAGCGGAGGGGUGACGAUGCCCAGCACAACGGACCUACCACAAGCCUGAGCGUGGGUAGUGAAGCUCGCUCUCGCCUAAGAGAGUAUCUUGCCGGGUUGGGCGAACUUGGAGACGGCGAUAUUGCUCUCCCAGCCACUCCACUCCAGGAGUCAAUGAUUGCGGGAAUGAUUGAGUCGGAUUUCCGGUUGUACUUCAAUCACGACAUCCGGGAGAUUGCGCCUUCGGUGAACAUUGGCAGGCUCAAGGCUGCUUGGAAUACGGUGAUUGCAGGAUCUCCAAUACUCCGCACCAUUUUCCUACCGGUUGACAGCCCUGAUUUUGAGUUCACAUAUUGCCAGGUCAUAAGGCGGGAGUCGUCUCCGCGGAUCUCGGAUGUCGGCCUUGACUUUCGGGACCAGUUAGCAAUGGUGUGCGACGCCGCUACUCAACGAGCUCUGGAGGGAGCUGGACGAUCCAACCUGCUGCAGAUUACCUUUGCCAGCAUAGGUGAGCAGAAAUUCCUGGUUCUCUCUAUUGCCCACGCACUGUACGAUGGGUGGUCGCUUGGUCUUCUUCAUCAAGACGUACAGCGCGCAUACGAGGGCAGCUACAGUCCUGGUGAUAUGGAGGAUUAUGUCAGCCAACUGGACACUCUCCUCUUCCGAGGUCACCAGGAUGCGUCUUCCUUCUGGUCCGGGUUUCUCAGGGACAGCAAUCCGACCCUGUUCCCUUGGAGCCAAGAGACCCCUGAGCAAGAGGGCACAGCACACCAUGUGGAGCUGGCAUCCUCUCUCCCAAGCACCGAGAUUGCCUCGUUUUGCAGAAGUCAGGCCGUGACACUGCAGACGUUGGGCCAAUCUUGCUGGGCUGCUCUGCUGGCUGCGCGCACUGGGGCGUUGGACGUCAUUUUUGGAGUGGUGCUUUCCGGUCGGGAUUCUGAGGCGCUCGAGGAUCUCGUAUUCCCAACCAUGAACACCGUUGCAAUCAGGAGCGUUCUUCACGGCACGGUCUCCUCUUGGGUGCGGUACAUGCAGGAUAACGUGGCUAGUAUUUUGCCUCACCAGCAUUUUCCGCUGCGUGAAGCGCAGAAGUUGGCUCAGGCUAAAGGGCCACUGUUCAAUACCCUCUUCAUCCACCAGCGCGAGGUGGAUUCGCCCAGCCGACGUGAGUGGGAGCAGCUCCUCAAGUCUGUUGAUGGCUCAUCUGCAGUGGAAUACCCGGUUUGUGUCGAGAUGGCGUCAUCGUCAGGGGGGCAGCUCACCUGGAGGGCGGCAAUCAACGCAACCUGUGGGACGCACGAUGACUCUGUUCGUCUGUUGAAAGAGCUUGACUCGGUGCUUGCGUACCUCGUCCGUUCGCCCGACGCAGAAGUCCUUGUCUUUGGUAAUGCGGAGGUUUCAAUCUGCGGGUUAGGGCCAACUGCGCUUGGAGUCAAAGACGAUACCUCAACGACCACCCCAUCGGGGCCGUCAACCGGUGAGAGCGACGUCUCAUGGUCCCCCAUUGAGAAGAAGAUUAGAGACGUACUAUCCGAGGUGUCAGGGGUCCCGGUUGCAAGCAUCCUGAGGAGGCACAACAUAUACCAUCUCGGUCUGGACUCCAUCAGCGCUAUCAAAGCUGGCUCACUCUUGCGCAAGAAGGGAAUCGAUGUGGGGUUUCGAGAUGUGUUGAAGUCUAGGUCGAUUGCAGACAUGGCUCAGAUUGUUUCUGCCACCGGCUCGGAGGCCCCCCUGUCGUCGAAUGAAAGCGACUGUCCUAAUCCCAACCCGGCUGCGUGGGACGCGGAUAUUGACGUUGCCUCAGCCUUCUCUGAUGCUGGGGUCAACGAAUCGGUCGUGCAGGAGGUGUUGCCUGCCACGCCAAUGCAGGUGCACAUGCUCUCGGUGUGGCAGAACACGAAUGGAGAAGUCUUCUACCCAUUGUUUACCUUCAUUUUGCGCGGGAGAGUGGACAAGGCCGCUAUCACCACUGCGUGGGAGGCUCUGGUUGCUGAGACACCGAUUCUGAGGACCGUAUUCAUCUCGACAGGCUCUCGGUUAAUCCCAAUCCUACAGGCCAUCAUUCAGCCUUCUGUUGUCCAUCAGGGUUGGUCUUCUGCCUCUCCAGGGAUAUGGGGAUCGGACACUGCACCAGGGGGCCUUGUCCAGCCGUACCACCACUUCCACGCGGAGGAGUGCGGCCCGGAGACAUGGAAGAUCCAGCUCAGAAUUCACCACGCUCUGUACGACGCGGUCAGCCUAAUGACACUCAUGGACCGGUUUUCCGCUCUCUGCACCACGACAGAACAGCCCGCAAACCCCGAGUCUGACUGGCGGGAGGCUGUUCGUGAAUGUGCCUCAGAGAAAAGGCGGGCUUCGAGAAAGAAGUUCUGGACCCAAUGUCUUGCUCGGGUGGUCCCAACGCCCCUUUCUUCUUUUGGACAAGAGCAAAAGGAGUACGAAGGUUCGAGCUCCCGGACUAGAGUGGUCAGAAAGGCCGCCCUGAACGCACUCGAAGUUUCGAAGCUUAAGGGCAGGUGCAAGUUUCAGGGAAUCAGCUUGCAAUCGCUUUUCUUUGCUGCGUACGCAGAGGUUCUAGCCUCGUCUGCUCAAGGGGUCCGACCUGAGCGUGUGAUGUUCGGCGUCUAUUUUGCGAGCCAUGAUUCAUGGUGGCCCAGGGUAAAAAAUAGCCGGACAUCCUACCCACAGCUCCGCUUGGUACCUCUGCGGGUCGUGCUUGAGGAUGGGUAUUCCCUCCUUGACGUGGCGAGGAUGAUACUAAGUGAUAUCCAUGUUUUCUCGUUGGCUAAGCAAGCAGAGGUCGGCGCCUGGGAGAUUAUGGACUGGACGGGGCUCAAGGUGGACAGCUUUGUCAAUUUCCUCAGCCUCCCGGCCCGUGACGAGGAUGAUGCGGAUGGGGUGAAGGUUGAACUGGAACCGUUGAUGGUGGCGGAUGGGGAGGCGGGGAGCCAGGAAGGGAGGGAGGCAUCGGAAGAGUAUAGAAUUCCUCGGGAGCUGGCGAAUAAUGCUGUGCGGGACGCAUACGCGGACCAAACUGAUAUUGAGGUUUCAGUGAAGGGUGACGAGAUGACGAUUGGUGUGUUUGGGCCGGGAUGGUUAGGGGUUGAUGGAGGGACACGGAUCAUUGACAGGAUUGUUGAGGUGCUGAAGGGAGUCCCAGCAGUCAGGGAUUAG